UAAUGAUGGCCGCUCUCAGGCUUCUUAUAGCACGCGUGAGUGCAAUUUUAACCUCGCAAUAUUAUACAGAUAUCAAUGCAAUUUAAUAAUUUGCAUGUGACACAUGAAACGUAGUUGAAAAUAUUUAUCUUGAAAUUAACAUGCCAGCAUGUUUUCAUCAGUAACGAUGCUUCAGCGAGCUCUGGUCGGUAAAACAAUGCAUGGCCUGUCUAGUUUGUUAUCCUUAAGCCGGGUUAACAGAUUCUCCGAUUCCGUUUCUGCGAAAGGAGAUGACAGCCCGUCCAAUACAGACGAAUCGCAGAAUAAGUUUUCCACGAGCGAUAUCGAGACCCCCACUGGUGAAGAAAAUGUUGCUCGUCUUUUGAAAGAGGCUGCCAGUUAUGCCGAUGUCAAAGACACGAGUUGGGCGACCAGCCCUUAUCCUGCUGAUGCUCCAACCUCCGUCGAGGAGGAGAAAGUAAAGCCAAAGAUCGAACCCUUGGACACUUGCGUUGUACUUUUUCCAGGACAGGGCACCAUCAAAGUUGGCACAGUACAGAAGUACCUGCGCUUCCCACAGGCAAAGGAGUUGUUUGAAAUAGCCAAUGAGAUUCUGGACUUUGAUAUAUUGAAGUUGUGUUUAAAAGGUCCCCAAAAGAAGUUGAAUGAAACUCGCUACAAUCAACCAGCCACAGUGGUAACUUCUUUGGCUGCAUUGGAACAGCUUCGCGAAGAGAGACCCAGGGUGUUUGAGACUUGUGUAGCAACUGCAGGUUACAGCAUAGGGGAAUUGACCGCUCUGAUUUUCUCAGGCGUUUUAACCUUCGAGGAUGGCAUCAGAUUGGUCUCUGUCCGAGGGAACGCUAUGCAGUAUGCUUCUGAGAAAUCACCUCAGGGAAUGCUAUCGGUUUAUUGUACACCAGAAGCUAAAUUAUCAGAGGCAUGCAAAGAUGCUGAAAAGUGGGCGUUAGAUAAUGGUGUAGAAGAACCAAUUUGCCAGGUGGCAAUAUAUCUGUAUACGCAAUCAAAAAUAUUGGCUGGAAAUACUAUCGCCCUUGAAUACAUAGAAAAGAAUGCAGAGAAAUAUAAGCUUAGAAAAUUAACCAGGCUGCCUGUAUCAGGAGCAUUUCACACAAAAUUGAUGAAACCUGCGCUCAAGUCCUUUGGCAAGAUGCUGUCUACAGUAGAAUUAGAUACUCCUAGGUGUCAAGUUUAUUCAAAUUACAAAGCACAUCCUUAUGAGAAUUUAAAAGUAGUUAAGAAAUACUUGCUGAAACAAAUUAUAUCUCCUGUAAAGUGGGAGCAAAGUAUGCAGUUAAUGUAUAACAGAACUCCGGGGACAAGUUUCCCGCGAACGUUCGAUGUGGGAUCGGGAGGAAAAAUGGCAACCAUCUUGAAGCUAAUUAACGCAAAGGCGCACGAUCACUGCAUAUCCGUCUAAGUUCUUUUCUAUAUUUUGUACAUAAUUCGCGAACUUUAUUACAGUAUCCAGUUGUGCCUCUUAUGCAAGAAAUAAAGGAGAGGAAUUUUAUGUACA